CCAUCCUCUCUCUCUCUUCCUCUCUAUAUUUUGUCUUUAAAUUCUGAUGAAUUACUAGUCUUUGACCGCCGGAAUGAAUGGAAAAGGUUCAGUAAAGCUUUUAGGGUCAUCCCCGAGCCCAUUCGUGAACCGAGUUCAAAUCUCCCUCAAACUCAAAUCAAUUGAGCAUGAAUUUCUACUAGAAACAUUUGGCUCAAAGAGUGAACUUCUUCUAAAAUCGAAUCCUGUUCACAAGAAAAUCCCGGUAUUGAUUCAUGAUGAUAAACCCAUCUCCGAAUCACUUAUCAUAAUACAAUACAUCGAUGAACAAUGGUCAUCAGGUCAUUCAAUCUUCCCCGCCGAUCCAUACGACCGAGCCAUCACCCGUUUCUGGGCUGCCUAUGUUGACGACAAGUUGAUCCCUUCUUUUAGAGACUUUCUCAUGGCGUCAGAGAAAGAAAGACCGGCGAUAUUGGAGAAACUGAAUGAAGGUUUAGGGUUCUUAGAUGUAGCUUUUGUUAAAUUCAGUAAAGGUAAGUUAUUCUUUGGAGGAAACGAUAUUUCGUAUUUGGAUAUUGCGUUUGGUAGUUUCUUGGGGUGUUUGAAGGCGAUUGAGAAAUUGAGAGAAGUGAGUUUGUUGGAUGAAUCUAAAACGCCUCAUCUUGUGGUUUGGGCAGAGAGUUUCCUUUCUCAUGAGGCUGUCAAGGGUUUCAUAUUAGACACAGACACACUUGUCGAGAAGAUUUCACAUGAGCUUAACAUGAUUAAAUCCAUGGUCGACAACAAAUGAAUAUCAACAUAAAAACUAUAUCUAUGUUUUAAUGGAAUUUUGUUUUUGAAGAAUGUGAUAAUUGGUUGUUUUUCUUAUG